AUGGGUAUAAGGAGCACAGGGACGAUGCCCACGGGCGGCGGUGACACUGCGAUGUCAUCCGUGGCGGAGCGCAACGUCCGAAUUCUGCGCUACGGCUCUCUAGUCAUUCUCGGUGGCUAUGCAGUGGCAAUUUGUUACAAAAUGGGUCUCAUCGCUCAAAUCUUGCCGGCCGUCAUUAACCAUCCCCUGGAGUCGGCUGUUGAGGUUAUCAAGACCCGAACGCAACCGGUAGGCGAUGCGAAGCGCUUUGCCUUGGCCCGGUCUCAUUUGACGGCAACGUACAGCCUCGCCGCGUCCGGCAUGCUUGUACUGACAAGUGGUGUUGUUGCCUUCCGCUAUGCGCCACACAUUCCUAUUGCGAUUCCUGUCGCCACCGCCUUAGUGCCGGCAGCGCUGCUACUCGGCAUCCCCAAACGGCUCAUGCUCCCUGGAGCCCGUCUGCUGUGUUUCUUCACGUCGUUAAUGUCUGCGGGAUAUGCACUGGGGCCUGUCGGAUGGGUCGCGCAAGACACCCUCAUCGUCUUCGUCCUGCUGACGGGCUGCACCAUGACGGGCAUAUGCGUUCCGCUCUACCUCACACGCGGCAUGAUCAGUUAUGUGGUGAGCGCGCAGGUCAUUUCCUGUGCCUUGUCCAUCGCUCUUGUCACCACUCCUAAACAGUCCAAGCCCACCUCUCCAUUCAGCUCACUCAAGGAGCAGUCGGGAGUGAAGAUUUUUCUGAAUGGCGACAUCAACGUGCUCUUCACGAUGCAGCUCCUUUCUAACGUGGGGGUUUGUGCUUGGCAUACGCUCCCGGUCAUUUACCACUGCGCAACGUGGCACGGGUGCGAGGCAGACCUGCGAGAGUCGAUCGACCCGGUGAGGGAGGCGUUCGGGAUUUGCGCUGGUGCGACGUAUGUAAUGUACCGCUGCGUCCGUUGGGCCUGUCGCCUUCUCAUACGCCGUGUCGUGGCAGAGAGCAGCCAAAACCCGCAAGGAGGACAGGGGCAGAACACCUGGCUGGCGCUUUCGAAUUACUCGUUGGAUGUGAAUCAUGCGAGCGGCAUCGUGUCGAGUGUGGUCAUGGGCCUCUGGUAUGUGCGCGCCGUGUCGCUGCUGCAGAAAGGUGACAUGGAAUCGUUACUGAACCAGCUGCGCGUUGUCUGCACGCGUAUCUCGCCGAUGAGUCUGCUGCUCGGGAGCUCUGCCAUACGGCAAUGA